AUGAAUAGUGGAACUAUUGCCUGGUAUUAUCAAUCGGAAUUGAAUCCUUGGCCAAACAUAUCAACCAUUGAUGCGAAUCUAAAGCAAUGGACUAAAUAUCGAGAUCUUGAAAUAGAUCUUAUUGAAGAAGCCUAUCAAGAAAAAAAAUCACAUGUAAUAUUAGAUCGAUAUCGAAUUGAUUUUAAACAUUUUAUUCAAAUAAAUCUAAAUGAUGAAACAAAACAACGACCUGUUAAGCGUGAAACAAUUUCUAAUCGUAUAGAAUGUUUACGUGAAAAUCGUUUUGGUUCAACGAUUUCAAUAACAUCAUCAUCAUCUUCUUCUUAUGGUAAAUUUGAUGCUUGGUGUCCAUUUUUAAUAGCUUGGCUACAUUCUUCUUCUGGUAAACAAGCUUUUGUACAUUUUCCUAAAUGUAUUGAGAAAUGUGCCGAAGGUAUUAUAAAAGAAGCUACUUUACAUGAUAGCCAUAGUCAUAUGGAAGCAAGAUAUAUGGCUGAAAAACUUCGUCAAUAUUCAAAAAAAUCUCGUAUUGAAAUAGCUGAACUAUGUAUUCAUUUCUACACAAAAGAUAGCUUUCUAUAUUUUGUUCUAAAUAAAGCAUUACGAGAACAUGAUUGUUCAAAAUUAGAAACACUUGGUCCAUUAUGUUAUCUUAUGCGUAAUUAUUCUCGUCUUUCAAAAGAUUAUAUCGGUACAGUUUAUAGAGGUGUACAAUUAACCUAUACUGAGAUUGAAGCACACAAACGAAAUAUAGGUGAAUGGAAAACUUGGCCAGCAUAUACAUCAACUAGUAAGGAUCGUCAAAUGGCUGAAAUAUUUGGAAAUACUCUGUUUAUUAUUGAAAUAACUGAUGUUAAACUUAGUUCACCACGUGCUUAUGAUAUUGCUUAUAUAUCAAAUUAUCCGAAUGAAAAAGAAGUUUUGAUACCAGCUGGUGUUUCAUUUCAAAUUCUAAACUUUGCACAAGAUGCUUCACAAAAAUAUAUUAUUAAUGUUAAAGUGUAA